AACACCUACGUUGAUGUUCAGGGUCUCUUCUUGAACGCACGUGACUUUCAUCUCCUUCACCAUAUCCUACGAACAUACAACCAGUCCCAGCUACCGAAACUCACUACGAUCUCUUUCCUUCCUAUGAAUACCACCAUCGCCACCACCACCACCACCACCUCCCCCAAUCACCACCAUCCACCACCCAUCAACAUCGCCGUAUCCGCAACUCCCAACUUUACAGCAUACCCCAUCAUGGGUGCAGAAGAGCCCAGACCCCAACCCCCAUCGUCGCAAUCACAAUCACCCCUUCUAUCUCAACAACCACAAUCGCCGCCGCUUCCACCAACCGAGGAACCAUCUUCUAAUUCCGAUCUUUCCCAGAUUCCCCCAACAAACCCUUCCAAAAUUCCAAUUCGCCCUCAAAAAAUUCGAAAACUUUCCUCAUUCGCAUCUACCGACUCCACAACAACGCUCCCGGAAGAAAUUAAACCUCAAACAACAAUCGCGGAAGCCGACGCAUCAAAGACCAUCAUCCUUUCAACCACCACAUCAACCGUCGUAACAAAAAACCGCCGUCGAAACCCUUCACAAUCCGCCAAAGAUUUACCCAAAAUAAUAAAACCCUUAUCUGCACCAGGCGAGAUCACCGCCGCUCUUCACCACCUCCGAUCCACCGACCCACUCCUCGCAAACUUAAUCGACAACCACCCACCACCAACAUUCGACACACAUCAAGCCCCCUUUUUAGCCCUAUCAAAAUCCAUUCUUUAUCAACAACUCGCGUACAAAGCCGGGACAUCGAUCUACACCCGUUUCGUAACGCUCUGCGGCGGCGAGACCGGCGUCGUCCCGGAAACCGUCCUCUCUCUCACAUCCCAACAACUUAAACAAAUCGGGGUUUCUGGGCGGAAGGCAAGUUACCUUUUUGAUUUAGCUAACAAGUACAAAACCGGCAUUUUGUCCGAUGAAUCAAUCGUGAAAAUGGAUGAUAGAUCCCUCUUCACAAUGCUGUCAAUGGUGAAAGGAAUCGGAUCAUGGUCUGUUCAUAUGUUUAUGAUCUUUUCACUUCAUCGACCCGAUGUUUUACCUGUCAGUGAUUUGGGGGUUCGUAAAGGAGUGCAGUUAUUGUUUUCAUUAGAAGAGCUUCCAAGACCCUCGCAAAUGGAGCAACUAUGUGUGAAAUGGCAGCCGUAUAGAUCCGUUGGAGCCUGGUAUAUGUGGCGGUUUGUUGAAGGUAAGGGUGGUCAGCCCGCCGGAGCUGCCAUGGUUGGUUUAGCCGGCGAUAAUUUUCCGGCACAGCAACAAUCCGAACAGACACAACAACAACAACAACAUCAAUUGCAACUUUUAGAACCAAUCACCAACAUUGGAAGUCUCGGGGCUUGCAUUUGGGGACAAUGACAAGAAGAUUCACCAGUAACACAAGAAGAAAAUUGACAAAAAGAAGGGAUUGGUGUCGUGUGCAUUUGGUAUUGUAAAUUGAAUUAUCACGUACAAUAAUGAGAUGUAGAUAAAACAAUUAAGCCCCAUUGCUUUGACAUUUUUAAUUUCUAGUUUUGUUCGUUUGAAUACAACCAAUAUCAUGUGAAUGAACAAGUACUUUAUUUUGGAAUGUGUAA